GCGGGGCGAGGGGCAGCCGGGCCCGAGCAGAGGCCGAGCGCGAGGGAUGCUCGGGAGCCGGGAACCCGCGAGUUCUGGGACUAAACCCCGAGCCGGGUCGCCCCGCAGCGUGCCCUGAGGGUUGGAGAGGUCUUAUCCCUGGGAUCUGGCCCCCAGCCUCGCGCCUCUGGCUUUCCUCACUUGCAUAACCUGGCAACUUCUUCCUGACCCAAGGCCAGCGGGGUCCCCGGGCUCUCACCGUCUUCCCCCCAUCCUCGCCGUGUCCCCGCACCUUCCACGAGUUUCCCCUCCAGUCGCGACGUCUAACCUGGCUGCCCCCUGUCCCGCACACACCAGCUCCCUAAUCUGCGGUACAGAGAGCUGUAGCCCCGUGGCUCCUGGCCUCCUCCCCGCAACCAUCAACCCAGCCCCCACGGAACGGGAAGCAGCCCCUUUGCCCAGGACCUGCGAGAUCCGCAGCCGCCUUCCCCCUGCCCUAAGGAGCUCUUUGACCUUGGAAUUACUUCAUCGGUGCCUUCCUGAGUAUGGGGAUCACUGGAGGAAGGGGCAGCGCCUCCCCUGUGCCCCUGCGUGGGGGGCCGACUGCCCUUGUCGUGGGCUGAGGCUGCUAGGUGGAGGAGGAUGCCACAGAGAGCGAGGCAUUCUCUGCCCCCUCCCCCCACCAGAGAGCUGAGCUCUGAGUGAUGCGAGUCCGUGGGAGUCAGGCCACAGAGCAUCUUGUAAUUAUCCAUGCAGUGGAGUAUGGACUAGGAGAAGAACCAGAAGCCAGGGUCUGCCCCCAGGGAGCCGUAGUCACUCACCUGUUACACUUGGCGGUGGGGGUCGCGGGGAGUGGAGCUUCUCAGCCACAUGCUCCUUGCUGGGGAGGGCCCAGAAGGAGGUUGAAACCAUCAAGUCCCCCAGCCCAGCAGUGGGGCUGAGAGCGAACUGGCUCUAGGGCUGCUUUCAGCCACCUGCUCCCCUCCCCAGGGGACCCAGCAGGAGCCCUAAUAACCCCUCACACAGAGAGAAGAGGAAAGCCUUGUCACAUCUAUUAUGCAGCAGCAAUAAUCCCUCCUCCAGACAGCGCACCGCGGUUUACAAAGCCCUCCCCUGUCCACCGUGUCACUAAAUGCUCGCUCACUCUACAGGUGAGGAAACUGAGGCUCCAGGAGGUUAAAUGGCUGACCCAAGGCUAAUCGAGGAAGAGUUAGGAUGUAAACACAGGUCUCCAGACUCCCAGAACAUCCUCUCCAGGGAUGGGGGAUGCUGGGAUGAGUAAGACAAGGCCCCCAGCCGACAGACAGGAAGAUAACUAAUUCAGGGGCGCAGAAGACUGAGGGGACUGGUGGGAGGGCACGCAAUCAAGGGGGGCUUCCUUAAGAAGGUGACAGUGACUCUUGACCCUGGAGGGAGGCGCUGCCCAGCAGAGGAGGAGAGACCCACACUCUAGGGAAUGAAGCCCACAGGGUGCACGGUGGAAAACAGCCCAGGGUGGAGAGGUGGAGGGUGGAGAGGCAGAGUGUGUAAUGGUUGGUGCCUGGGCUCUGACUCCCAGCUCCAUCACGUUCCUGCUGUGGGACCCCAGGCAAGUCCCUGAACCUCUCAGCUUCAUUUUCUACAACCAUAAAAUGGGAUUAAUAUUAAUAGAACCUAGUUCUCAGAGCUAUUACAAAACCCGAAAGAGUUAAUACAUGUAAAGUAUUUAAAAUAGUAGCCAACAUAUAGCUUUCUGUCAAAAAAUGUUAACUAUUAUUUUUAGGGCUAACUAGUAGUCAGUUGAUACAAACCUAAUAUGGUCUUAGGGGUCCUUUGCCCUUCUGACUGUUGGUUGAAUACUUUGACUCUCUCCCCAAGCUUAUGGUUCCCGCCCCCCUCCCCCAUUCUAGACUUGCACUCCAAUACCCAGUUGGGAUGGGGUAGAAGGCAGCAAGUUCGGGAAACCAGUGCAAGGUUGCCAUGGUGAUGAUGGGGGGGGGAGGGAUGCCCAGCCGAGUCUGGCCAAGGACCCAGGGGCUGAGAAAGGGUCUCUGCUUCUACAAAGCUCACCUCAACACCAUCUUUUACUACAUAGACCCUGUCUGGGGAGGUCUGUACCCCACAAAUGCCUUGGUGUCAGAGGCAGGUAGGUAGGGGGCAGGAAUGGGGGAGGAGGAGACUCUGGGAAGGUUCUACUGGCGUGAGGAAGGCCUGGGUCUGUGGAAGGCAGAAGAAGGAAUGACUCAAGAGCUGGCAGUCAGUCCUGGAUGUAGAUUCAAAUCCUGGUCCCAGUUACCUCAUCUGUGAAAUGGGGAGACUCCCCCCGACACCCUGGGAGGAUGGGACAGUUACAACCCUUUUCUUCGUCCAUCGCUCAGCACUGCUGUGCCCCGGGACAAAGCUGAGUUCAGCCCCUGCCUGCCUUAAAGCUGUCACCAUCCCUCCCCCUUCUCCCUCUUCAGUGGACUGUGACCAGGACCCCCUGGACCCAGUCUACCUGCCGGCGGCCCUGGAGCUCCUGGAUGCCCCCGAGCACUUCCGUGUGCAGCAGGUGGGCCACUAUCCACCUGCCAACUCCUCUCUGGGCUCCCGAUCUGAGACCUUUCUGCUCCUGCAGCCCUGGCCCAGGGCCCAGCCACUUCUCUGGGCCUCCUACCCACCCUUCGCCACUCAGCAGGUGGUCCCCCCUCGGGUCACUGAGCCACACCAACGGCCAGUCCCGUGGGACGUGCGGGCCGUGUCAGUGGAAGCGGCUGUGACUCCAGCGGAGCCCCACGCCCGCGUCCUCUUCCACCUCAAAGGGCAGGAUUGGCCCCCGGGGCCUGGCAGCCUGCCUUGUGCCCGGCUCCACGCCACACACCCUGCAGGCACUGCUCACCAAGCCUGCCGCUUCCAGCCAUCCCUGGGCGCCUGUGUAGUGGAGCUGGAGUUCCCCUCCCACUGGUUCUCCCAGGGUUUGGCCACGCGGGCCGAGCUGUCCUACACACUGGAGCCGGCAGCCGAGGGCCCUGGGGGCUGCGGCCCCGGCAGGGAGGAGGACCCUGGAGAGCAGGCCCUCCCAGUGGGCGACGUGGAGCUGCGCCCCGCGGACCCCCCACAGUACCAAGAGGUGCCCCUGGAUGAGGCAGUGACUCUGCGGGUGCCUGACAUGCCCGUGCGGCCCGGCCAGCUCUUCAGUGCCACCCUCCUGCUUCAACACAAUUUCACAGCCAGCGUCCUGACCCUGCGGAUCAAGGUAAAGAAGGGGCUGUAUGUGACAGCUGCCCGCCCAGCCCAGCCAGCCCUCUGGACCGCCAAGCUGGACCGCUUCAAGGGCUCCAAGCACCAUACCACGCUCAUCACCUGCCAUCAGGACAGGCCCGCGGGGCCAGACUCCAGCCCCCUUGAACUGUCCGAGUUCCUGUGGGUGGACUUUUUGGUGGAGAAUGGCACUAGUGGGGGCGUGGCAGUCACUCGCCCUGUCACAUGGCAGCUGGAGUACCCAGGCCAGGCCCCCGAAGCGGAGAAGGACAAAAUGGUGUGGGAGAUCCUGGUGUCGGAGCGGGACAUAAGAGCCCUCGUCCCACUGGCCAAGGCUGAGGAGCUGGUGAACACGGCGCCGUUGACUGGAGUGCCGCGGCACGUCCCUGUGCGCCUUGUCACCGUGGACAGUGGCGGAGCUCUGGUGGAGGUGACAGAGCACAUCGGCUGUGAGUCAGCCAACACACAGGUCCUGCAGGUGUCCGAGGCCUGUGACACUGUGUUUGUGGCUGGCAAGGAGAGCCGGGGUGCUCUAGGGGUGCGGGUGGACUUCUGGUGGCGCCGGCUGCGGGCCUCGCUGCGGCUGACCGUGUGGGCCCCGCUGCUGCCCCUGCACAUCGAACUCACCGACACCACCCUUGAGCAGGUCCGAGGCUGGAGGGUACCUGGCCCAGCGGAAGGGGUGCUGGAGCCCGAGGCGGCAGGGGCGGAGGAGGCCGAGCGGCGCGUCCGCGGCUGCCGCCUGCAGUACCAGCGCGCCGGCGUGCGCUUCCUCGUCCCUUUCGCGGCCCACCCGCUGGACGGCAGCCGCCGCCUCACCCACCUGCUCGGCCCGGACUGGCUGCUGGACGUGUCCCACCUCGUGGCGCCGCACGCCCGCGUGCAGGACCCGAGUGUCGCCUCGCUGGAGGGAGGCCGCGUCCUGGUAGGCCGGGAGCCCGGCGUCACCUCCAUCGAGGUGCGCUCCCCGCUGUCUGACUCCAUCCUGGGGGAGCAGGUGCUGGCUGUGACGGAUGACAAGGUCUCGGUGCUGGAGCUGCGGGUGCAGCCAGUGAUGGGCAUCUCACUUGCCCUAAGCCGGGGCACUGCCCACCCCGGGGAGGUCACAGCCACGUGCUGGGCACAGUCAGCCCUUCCUGCCCCAAAGCAGGAGGUGGCCCUCUCCCUAUGGCUGUCCUUCUCUGACCACACCCUGGCCCCCGCUGAGCUCUACAACCACCGUGACCUGGGACUGUCCGUCUCGGCCGAGGAGCCCAGCGCUGUGCUGCCAGCCUAUGAGCGGGGUGCCCAACUCGGGGUGGUGGUGAGUGGGGCGGGCGUCAAGGGGCUGCCCCUGCAUGUGGCUCUGCACCCGCCUGAGCCCUGCCGCCGGGGCCGCCACCGUGUGCCCCUGGCCUCUGGCACCGCCUGGCUAGGGCUGUCCCCGGCUCCCACCCCAGCCCCUGCCCUCCCAUCCAGCCCCGCUCAGAGCUCAGCUGCCCCAGAGGCCAGCGUGGGUGGAGAACGACGGGCGGCAGGCAGUGUGGGGGGCGGCGGGGAUGUGAGGCGCAAGUUUGAGCAGGCAGCAGAGGAGGCCGGGAAGGAGAAGGCAGAAGCUAGGGAGGAGGCGGAAGAAGACGAGGAGAUGGUCCCCGCCCCGCAGCGGGUCACCGAACUAGAGCUGGGCAUGUACGCCCUGCUGGGCAUCUUCUGUCUGGCCAUCCUCAUCUUCCUGGUCAACGGUGUGGUCUUCAUGCUGCGCUACCAGCGCAAGGAGCCCCCCGACAGUGCUGCCGCCCCUGCCGCCCCCCAGCCCCACAACUGGGUCUGGCUGGGCACUGACCAGGAGGACCUGAGCCGCCAGCUGGAUCGGCAGUCCCCUGGCCUGCCCAAGGGGGAGGGGGGCUGCCCCUGCGAGAGUGGGGGAGGAGGGGAGGCCCUGACCCUGGCCCAGGCCUCUGCUGGGGGCACCCCCAGCUCCUCGAGCACCCUGGCCAGGAAGGAAGCGGGGGGGCGGCGGAAGCGAGUAGAGUUUGUGACGUUUGCGCCAGCACCCCCAGCCCAGCUGCCCGAGGAGCCCGGGGGGGCCCCUGCCGUGCAGUCCAUCCUUGUGGCAGGCGAGGAGGACAUCCGUUGGGUGUGUGAGGACAUGGGGCUGAAGGACCCCGAGGAGCUGCGCAGCUACAUGGAGCGGAUCCGGGGCAGCUCCUGACCCUCCCCGGCCUGCCUGGCCCGGCGCCGUGGGCCUCUCGCCUGGGCAGCCUCCUGUUCAUCCUCUGGUGCUUGUUGAUGCGAGUCCCCUGCCUGGCCCCUCGCAAGGACUCCCACCCAGGCCCCCUCUGCCCUGCCCCUUGUCAUGGACCAUGGUCGUGAGGAAGGGCUCAUGGCCCAUAUUUAUGAGAACCAUUUCAUCCUAAUGUUGGGUACAGAAUAAACUGAGAAGGAAACCCCA